UUAAAAUAAAACAAACCCGAACUCUCCAGCUUGAAGUAUAUUAAAAAAUCUUGGGACGCCGUUCAGGGUCCUUUUUGGACCUUGAUCUCUGGAAAACUCCUGAACCGUAAGACUUGGAGACAAAAAAAUUUUUUCAUUCCCGUAACUAAUUGUACCGAACAUUUAUGGAAAGUUUCGUCAAGAUCGGAUGCACGGUGUUCGAGAUAAUUUCUGAGGGUGGGGGGGGCCCUUAAACGCUUUUGAAGAAAAAAAGCCGUCCAAUUAGACUGCUGUUAGUUUAUAAUGGGUAAAUGUUCCAUUCUUUGAUUCUAGUGUACUAUCUUUAUAGGUAUCCAUCAAUGUAUAUUAAUGCUCAAUUCAAGAAAUUAUUUGCCAAGUACUCAUCAUUCUCGUUUUAUCUAUUAGCCGUGAUUGACGACAAAGAAGAGUUCUUUACAAGGCGUAAAGGUUUAUUCAAUCAGCCGACUAACAAUAAAUUCCAGACCGCCAACAGAGCAGCUACAGCCGAUGUGAUUAACGAUAAACUCAAUGAUGAGACAGAUUGGAAGCAAAAUGAUAAAACUCAAGAGCCUGGCAAUCGUCUAAUACUUAAUUCAACCUAUGAGAAACGACUGGCGGAUAUUCAACGCGAUAUUCGCCAAGUUUGGUUUAUGACAUUUUCAGAUACAACAGCCGUGAAUACAGAUAUAAGGCACGCGGCUGAGCCAGCUGUUGACUUGCUUGUAUCUCAUAUCUUGCCCGGACGAAAACGGUUUUUGCACACUUCUCCCAAUUGGUUGCAAUUCUCAGUCUAUAAGUAG